AAUGAGUUCAUCUUCUAAUGGUGACACUGGAUCUAAUAAUGGCAAUGCCAGAGUUUCGAUCAGCAGUAAAGAAGAAGCUAUUUCAAUACCCACAGCUGUAUUCUCAGCAGUAAGUGUGACAAUUGGAGCAGGUAUGGUAUCUGUACCAAGAACCUCCUAUGAAUCAGGGAUACCUUUUGGGGUGUUCUACAAUCUGCUUAACCUGAUCUUGACUAUUUACUCUAUUCACUUACUCCUCGAAAGCGCAAGAGUGACAGGCCUUUACUCAAUGCCCAGACUAGCAUAUGAAUGAUUUGGCCAUUUCUCCUUAUACUUUGUUAACUUUGUGCAAUUUAUCGCUUUCGGAAUCCUCCCUCUCGCGUAUUUUAUCAUUUUUGCAGGCAUACUCAGCUCUUUCUUCAACGAAAUACCUGGGCUACCGAAUAGCAAAUGGAGAUUUGUAGGCUCACAAUGGUUUAGUGUCCUCAUACUUGGUGCCAUCCUAUUCCCUCUGAUAAUCAAGAAAAGAAUCGGAGAAUUAAGUAUUGCAGGAGCACUCCUUUUUGGAGGUGUGAUCAUCUUUAAUAUCCUACUUAUCGUAGUAAUAAUUGAUCCAAAUGUUAAUACAGACUACAAGAGUGAAGAUCAAUCCCGUUUCUACAGAUUUGAGUUCAAUCAAGCCUUCUUAUCCUCCCUUUCAACAGCUUUUGUUGCUUAUGGCUUUCAGACAGGAUUUUUCCCGAUCUAUAAUGCUUUGGAACACAAAAGUUAUCGAAAUGGGAUGAAAUUCAGUACAUACGCUAUGGGAUUUUCUUUCCUAAUCUACGUAUUAAUAAUGUUCACUGGCCUUUACAACUUUGGAGUUAACAUUCAAGGUGAUAUCCUUGCCAACGUGUCAAUGCUUCGGUCUUGGGAGUCCUACGUAAUCAGAGUGAUCUUCCUAUUAAUCAUGGUUACCCACACUCCAUUCACAUUUUUCCUCGGGAAAGAAUCAGUCCUGUGCCUUGCUGUUCUGGUUUACACAGCCUUUAAGAAAGAAGAAAAAGAUGAUGACAAGUAUACAAGAAUGGUCGAUGAAACUGAAGAGGCAGACUCUACACAAGAAAAGUGUCUCAAGGACGAUAUUAAUAAAUCAAGAUCAGACAUGAACGAGGAAGUAAGAAGUCGGAGUAGAAGUAAAUCUGAUAAUGAGCUAGACGAAAAGCUCUUACAAGGAAUGAAUGAAGAUGCCAAGAGAUCACUAGCUAUGUCCUUUGCGAGGAAAUCUCACGGAGAUUUACCGAGGAAUGGGAAUGAGAACGAACUUGAUUUUGAAAAUGCAGCAGCUCAUGAACUUCUUCCUGACUCUAUUUAUUACCCGACCACACUUAUUUUGUUUGCAAUCGUGGUUGGUAGUGCAUGUAUUAUUAAAGAUGUUGAGAUUGUAAUUAAAUUUGUAGGAUCCUUAGGAAACGCCAUUCUAAAUUUCUUGAUACCCGGUAUCACAUACUUUCUCAUUAUGAGAAAGUACGAACCAGAAAAGACUUCUAACCUAAAGCUGUACUCUGCACUAUUCCUAGCAAUCUACUCUGGAGUUUUAGCUCUAAUUUGAACAGGAGUGAAUGUUUGGACAACCAUUGAACCUCUUGAAGAUUAAGCUGCAAAGUUCAGAAGCAAAUAUUUGAC